AUGGGAAACUUCACCUUAUCACCAACAGUUUUUCGAUGUUUAAACUCGAAGAAGAAACGCAAUUCGCUAACUGGAAGCUCUAUAUCGAGUAGCUGUGGAUCGUCUCGUACCUCUGUUGCUUCGAGUGCUAGCAGUUUAUCGUCGAUGGCCUCCACGUCAAGCCAGCGAAAGUUAGUGGAUAACAAGAAAGAAGAGAAAAAGAAAAGCUCGAGUAAAGUUCACAAAUCGUCGCCAUUCUGUGGGCCAACAGUUUUUUCCCGCGCGAAAAAUGGCGGGUAUUCAUCAAGUGCAGCAGACCUGGCUGCUCUACAAGCGUACCGUUUUGCUGGGCGUUGA